ACUUUUCCUGCAAUCAGUAUAUUCACCCAACCGAUCUUUUUUUUUUUUUCCAAAACCCAUAGAUAUACCCCAAUCUUUUUUUUUAUUUCUCAUUCAAGAGCAGGUCUCAAUCGCAAUCUCUUUUUUUUUCUAUCAUGAAGCUGGUUCUUCUCGUGUACAUACUGAUGGCCCUCAUGGUGACAUCAUCCCUCGCCGUCCCACUUGCCAAAAGAAAACUGAAAAGCUGCUACAAGAAAGCGACUCUGACACAAUACUGGAUACCGAAAGAGGGUGACAAGGACAUGACCAACAAUGGCAAAAUUGUCACAUUGAGCGGAUCAAAAACCAAGAAACUCAAGACAAAACAUGGUGACACCAUUGCCAAAGUUUCAAAGACCACCUACGAGAAAUUCCAAAUGGAAGGCACCGGUUUGCUGAAAAAUGGAAUCAUGGUCAACCUUGACAGCGGUGAUGAUACAUUCAUGAAAGUCGAUCGUAAAAAGGCUCCCUAUGGCUUUGGCAGUGAGGAAAACAACCCAUUGGUUCCGUGGGUGAGCGUUGCAAGCAAUGAUCUGAAACCAGGCACCAAGCUUUAUAUCAAGGAACUCGACGGCGUUAAGCUACCCGACGGCAAGAAGCAUAAUGGCUGUGUUCGCGUCGAUGACGAAGGCUGGAGCUUUGGAAAAUGUCAACUCGAUUUCUUCGUUUUACAGUAUUCGGCCUAUUCGAUUCUUGAUGAUAAACUUCCCGGUCAUGUCACAGUGGAAGAAAAAGAUUGCGAUGUCAAAAAUCUUGUCACAUCCCAAGUUAAGAAAUGGGCCGUGUUGAACAAAUAAAACCACCCUAGAUUGUACAUGUGCAAUAAAAAAGAAUCAUUUUUCUGCUCCGCCAUUUUUUGUUUUCAUUUGCUUUAAACUCUACUACUUUUGGACUUAUUUCAAGGCUGGAAAAAGGGCAAAACAAGCGGAAACAGAAAAUGACAUCGGAAAUCAAACCCUCAUGGAUUCAAAGAUGAACAAGUACACGUGAAAAGAAAAGAUGAAAGCAAAUUACAUUUUCAUACAAGAUACAUACAAUAACAAACGUGAUUAGACUACGAUGGAAUAACGAAAAACACAAACAACAACGGACUUUUUUGAAAUAUUGUACAAUAACCGAAAGCAAAGAAAAAACAAGUAGAGCGAAACUUUUUGACAACAGUAAAAAAAAAAAAAAAAAAAAAA